UUACCACGUGGGUUGCUUGGUGGGUGGAAUCGUUGGGUAAAUUUUGUUGUAAAUUAAGUUAAAUCGCCUAACUGAAUGUUCACAUUCUUACAAUAACUGUUGUGUGCUGUCCAGUCGGUUCUGACUCAGCGACCCUAUAGGACAGACUAGAGCUGCCCCAUUGGGUUUCCUAGGCUGUAAUCUUUAAGGAGCAGAUGGCCAGGUCUUUUCUCCCUCGGAACUGCUGGUGGUUUCAAACCUGCAGGUCUCUUGGUUGGCAGCUGAGCUCCUGUACAGUAGCCCUGUCUGUUGGAUGUUGUGAACCUCAGUUGAUACUUGGAAAGUCUUCCAGGCACUGUCCUAUGCAUCACCUCUUAAGAACUGUGACUGUGUAGGGGGACAGGUGGUUACAACUAUUAAAGAACUAGAUGACUGUACCAGGGAAAUGGAGAUAAGGAAAUAGUUAGUUCUGGUGUGCGUUGGGUGGGGGGAGCUGGGGAGGGUAGGGAACAGGAGUAGAUUGAAACCAUUAAGGAAACUAGCUCAGGGAAACCAGGUGAUUUUUCUGCUUACAUAGCUAGCAGAAACCAGAACUGGGGCUCCGCCUUAAAUCUCCUAAUCCCAAAUUUAUUCAUGGCAUGAGCAUUCUUUGAAUGGCUAAUAUUUUCAGGCACUGGGGAUAUGAAGAUGAGCAGGACAUCCAACCAGAAAGGCAAACCCACUGCCGUUGAGUUGAUUUCAACUCAUGGUGAGCCUAUAGGACAGGGUAGAACUGCCGCCAUGGGGUUUCCAAGGCCGUAAAUCUUUACGGAAGGAGACUGCCACAUCUUUCUCCAGUGGAGCGGCUGGUGGGUUCAAACUGCUGCCCUUACAAGUUAGCAGCUGAGUGCUUAACCACUGUGCCACAGGGCUCUUGAGCAAGACAUCAGUAGCUCCCAAUAUGGUAAAGAGAAAAGCAAGGCAAGAAACUAUUAGCUGUGGAAAAACGAGAAUUUCAAAGAAGUAUCUGCAAUCGUUUAUUUUGGUUUAAGGAUCUUGGAAUUUAGACGUAGCCCAUAAAAUGUUAGAUCUGUGAAAGAACAUAUCCUCGUAAUGAAUAGAUAUCCUUUGCAGCAUCCCAGCAAGUGGGCGAUGCAGUGUUCCAGCGUAGCUAAUGACUCAGUCUUAUAAAGUAGUUCAUUCCGUAUUUGAGCAGUCCUCAUGCUGUGAGCUCCAUCUGUUAAUCCAAGUUGUACCUCUGGAACUACAAACAACAGGUCUAAAAUCUUUUUUCGUAUCGUCAGCCACGUAUCUGAAUAUACCCUUUCCCUUAGUAAUUGUUUUCACUGUCUUUGAGUUCCUGUUCUUUAAAUCAUUACUUAUGACUUGAGUUCUAGAGUUUUCACCAGAGCACCUUCUAUAAAUGCUUCAUUCAAGACAUAGUUUGACCAAGCAGAAUAAAAUGGAACUUGGUGUGGUCCAGUAUGACUUACGAACAUGGUACCUUUUUGGUUUCCGAGUCAUGCCUUUGCCACUUGGAGAGCUCUUGAAUCUUCCAUCAGCUCAAUCAUUCCUUUAAGCCAGGGUCCUCAGUGCACCUACCCUGAGGACUUCUGUCAGCGGUCUGUUCUAUAUCUGUGCUAUCAUUGCAGUAUUAUUUUGGCUAUUUCAGAAUAUCCCCUUCCUACUAGGUCUUUGGGUUAAUUUUCUCCUUGUUUCAAUGUCACGUAAUGAUUAAGAGUGCUGACUCUCCAGCCAGACUUCCUGGGUUCAAAUUCCGACUCAGCUACUUUCUGUGUGACCUUGAGCAAAUGUGUUCAUCUGUUUCCUCAUCUCCAACCUCACUUACCGGUAUUAAAUGAGUUAAUGUAAAAGUGCUUAGAACAGUGCCUGGAACGUAGUAAAGGCUAUAUUAACUUCCUUUCCAUUUAUCCAGAACCUUUUGAAUCCGUAUUUUGAGAUGUCCAUCUCAGUUCUCUUUUAUUCAACUUUGAUAAAGCUUGAAGUCAUAAAAGGCAUACUUGCCACAAACUAAUAAUUUAACUUAAUCAUGUCAUUUGAAUUUGCUAGGCCUUUCCUCAAAGGAGCCCUGUUGUCAACAGUGGUUAAGUGCUUGGCUGCUGCCCAGAAGUCAGGGGUUUGAACCCACCAGCCGCUCCGCGGAAGAAGGAUGUGGCAAUGUGCUUCCGUAAAGAUUACAACCUUAGAAACCUGAAGAGGCAGUUCUACUCUGUCCUGUCGGGUCUCUAGAAUCCACUCGGGGCAGUGAUUUCCUCCUUCUGUUCAGGACUGUUGUGGAACUGCAAGGGAAUAAUGGACCACCGUGGCCGUCAUGGACCGGUUUGGAGACCUGUCAGAAGGUGAGGUGGAUCACUCUUUCUUUGACAGUGAUUUUGAAGAAGGAAAGAAAUACGAAAGUAACUCAGUGUUUGACAAGCAAAUCGAUGACCCUAAAGAGAGAAUAGAUAAAGGCACAGAAAAUAUAAACUUGAAAUUUGGAAUACAAACCAAGGAAAAUCAUCUUACUGAGAAGGGAAACGAAAGAAAAGAGAAAAUUCCUCCAGAAAAGCACCCUAUAGAAAAUGAUAUUCUACAAACUAGCAGUUGUUCAUCUUUGACCGCUUCUUCAAAGUCAAAAAAACAGUGCGAUGCUGUGACAGGACAUAAAAUGCGCUUGCCCGUCCCAAGUAGAAUUCCCAAAAUUGUGAGAAAAGAUGAUUACUGUACAGAUGGUGAGGAAAGCAGUGAUGACGCAAAGAGAUGUCAUGUGAGGGCCAAGUCAGCUAAACCGCCUGGUAACUUUAAAAAAGGUGUAAAUAAAAAGUAUCCCAAGAUUAGCUCCUCUUCCUCCUCUUCCUCUUUGUCUUCCUCGUCUUCAGGUUCAGUUACAGACUGUUCAGACACGGAGUCUGAUGUCUGUGUAUCUGACUCAUCUCCAUCUUUAAGGAAACAUGUUUCUGGCAUAACUCGCUUGUCACCAAAGCAGAAAUAUAAUCCAGGAAUAAAAUCAGCAGGAACACAACCUUUGAGUACGAAACCCAAGGUUGGUGACUGUGCCGAGGAAUCCGAAGACACUGUGACUGAUGUGACUCCUCUGUCAACCCCAGACAUCAGCCCGGUUCAGUCUUUUGAACUGGCUGCAUCAAAUGAUCAAAGAGUCAAAGUGAAAAGGCAAGAAAAUGUGGGUCAAGAAGUAUAUGAAAAUAGUGAGGAUUUCAAGUGUAAUUUAAGCCACUUGAAAUCAGCCAGAAAAGGGAAAGAAAAGUACGGGCCCAGCCUUAGCUUGACCUCGAAGUCUUCAUCGUUAGAUUCCAACUUGGACCAAAGAUACAAACAAAAAGUCUUACAUGACACAAUGGACCUAAAUCAUCUUUUGAAAGCUUUUCUGCAAUUAGAAAAAAAGGGACGGCAAAAACAUCACUUGGAUCCACCUCCGGUAGCACCUAGGAAAAACUACUCUUUCACAAGAGAAGAGGUGAGACAGAUUGAUCAGGAAAAUCAGAGGCUUUUGAAAGAACUAUCCAGACAGGCUGAAAAACCGGGAGGCAAAAGUACGAUUCCUAGAAGAUCAGUUGGUCACCCCCCUAAGUUGUAUCAUAGUGCUGUCAACAGACAGAGGGAACAACAAAGGAUUGAAAGAGAGAACUUGGCUUUAUUGAAAAGGCUUGAAGCUGUGAAGCCAACAGUCGGUAUGAAACGCUCAGAACAGCUAAUGGACUAUCAUCGCAAUAUGGGUUAUCUCAGCUCAUCACCGUCUUCAAGACGAGUGAGAUCUACUCUUGGCCAAUACACCCCAUUAAGAGGUGCCUCCAGGACAUCCAGUGCGACCAGUGGUCUCAGCUCUAAGAGCGAGCGACCAGUUCUCGACACACCCAGUGGCCUGUUGCUAAGACCCAAGCCCUCUAACGUCCGUGCAGCUUGGUUAUAAAACCUUUUUGACUUCAUUGUUCAUCCAGUUUUUAUUGAAGUACUCUUGUAUAUCACUGUAAUUCUCUGUGCAAGUGUCUUUAGUAUUGUUUUAAGCAAUUUAAGGUACAGAGCAGGAGGUAUAAUUGUAAUUCAAAGCAAAAUUAUUUUUUAAAAAAUUUAAUGUAAAAUCAGUGUUUCUUUUGAGGAUUUAUUUAUACCAGAUGUAUAUAUAUUUAAAAGAGAAAUGGUAGUAUGCGUGUCUAUUUUCUGAACGUACAGACUGAUGCAGGGUCUCACUGACGGGACACUGGUGAUAGGUGGGUCACCGCUCAUUGGACCAAGAUGUUGUAGCUUUAGGGUUGUCUUCUUUCCUCCGGUUUUUUUGGUAAGUUUUAAGGGUUGUAGCCUUAGGGUUGUGGUUUUUCUUCCAUGUUUUUUUUGUAAGCUUUAAGCUGUGAAUUUGGCUCCUAAAUUUGACUGACUUUGUUUUCUUUUUGCUUCGGAACUUAUCUGGUGGGAUUCAUACCUCGGCUGUAUGGUAGUUACACCUUCUUAUGACGCAGCAAAUCCUGACAUUCAUUUUCAUUGGUGGAGCUACUUGAGAUUUCGUGAGUAGGUUGAGCGAAGCUUGUACUGGGGCCAUCCUUGUGAUUUACCAGAGGUAUUUCCUGCUUCUGAGUAAGUGCCCUGAGUUAAAACUUAAAAAUUUGGUUAACCAUCCUACUCCUUCAAACUGAGAAUAUUAGGAAGUUCAACGUAGAAGCUCCUCUUUCAUGUUUUCAUAUGUUCAGGUGAAGUACUGUUAAUGGUCCUGAGAACAGAGCUGGGCUUCGGAGCCGCGGCCCAAUGCGUUGUGAAUGUUUUGUCCGAGGACCAGGUCAGCUGUCCAAGGAGACAAAUAUUUGCUGAAUCUGUAAAACAGCACCACCAUUUUGAAAAGCCAGGAGGCAGAUGUUGAGGUCUGUCAGGCAGUGUUUUAAGUCACAACGCAGCAUUUCGUGCCCUGAUUGAGUACUUAUCGCAUUAAGAGAAGGUUUAGAAUCAGAAGUAAAUACAUUGUUUCAAAGUUUUAGAACUUUCAGCUAUUUUUUGUAGGGGCUGAAAAAGGAAACUAAAAUAUGAAUGAUAAAGGAAGUAAAUGGCACGUUUGUUGAGGUUACUUCUUUAAGUACAGCUUUGUGUUGGCCCCUUGGUUGAAGUUUGGAAGUGUCGUUUUGUCAGCACCAUAUUUAAAGGCUUAGUGAUGUUACUGGAAGUGGUUGUGGCAGAUGGUGUGCAAUAGAAUUAACUUUUGAAAUUAGAGUAUUUUUCUGCAGUCUGUAGGCUUUUAUCUCGUGCAACAAAGUAUGUUAUUCAUGUUUGCUUUGGCUGUGCUGUGCUGUUUUCUGCUGCUGCCCUUUUCAGCAUGCCUUUAGAGUGAACUGGAAAGCUUCCAUGUUAAAUGCCAAAUAUUCCUUUUUGUAAUUUGAAUUUUUGAUCUGUAGCGACAGUAAGAUUUGGUUGUUUUAUUUUUCAGUAUUCACUCAAGCUCUGAGAAAUGUUGUAGUGUGUGUGUUGAACUUGCUGCAUUUCUUAACACCUGUGGCAGUAAGCCGAACUGCAUUUUACAAAACAUCAACUCAUAAUUUUUUGCUCUUAGUUUGUAUUAAUGGAUUUUGUUUCAGAUAGGGCAUGUGAAGGGUGGGAACAAUGGGGUUAAAACUUUAAUGUGAACGCAGCUGGCUAUGAGAUUUUCCUGCUUCUUUCUUUGGGCUGUAAUAUUCACUAGAUGUUAUUUGACACUGUGUUCUGGUGGACAGUUUUUACAUGGUUAGUGCUCUGCUUUAUAUAUAAGCUGUAGCUAUACUCAGCCCAAGAUUUAUUUUGUUUUUUCACUUACUGUACUUUUAAUGUUUGUAUAACAACUUGUCUUUAAGGAGACAUAAGAUGAUAUUGAAUUUAAACUCAGCAUUUGGACAUCUGCCCAAUGGUGAGAGUCAAUUUUUUUAAAUUGAUUUUUAAUAGGGAAAUAUGUUUAUAUAUGUACAUAUACAUGAGAGCUUUGUGUUCAUAACGGCAGUAGUCUCUGAGUACAUUUUGUAUGAUCUUUGCUACAUAGGUCAAGGUACAACACAUACUGGUUUCGUGGAUAAAACUAUACUUUUAUUUUAGAUACAAAUUUAGUACUUUUAGUUUUACUGCUUUGAAUGGGGAACUCAUCUAAGUAUUAUUGAUAACAGGGAUUAAACUUGAAGUAAAAGCUGGGAAGAGCAACAAUAUUCACCUUUUUUAAACAAUUUACAAUCCUUUUGUCAUGUUUAAUUAUAUAUGAUGAAUAUACAUAGAAUAGGAGUUGGAGAAAUGUGAUAUUUUCUAGUAUAAGUCAAGGUACUUCAAAGUUGUGACGGCUUUGGGGGCAUUUUUGUGAAGGACCAUCUGGCACUAAUUUAUAUUUGGUUCACUUGUUUUUAGUGUUUGUACCUUGAAGACUUCAGUCUGUAACAAGAGAGCAUGCUAAUCUGAGGUCUAGAGUUACGAGACCAAAUCCUUCUUGAGAGUUAGUAUCAUCUGUCACGUGUUACAUUCAUGUUGCCCCCUCUUUAAUGAGAUUCUGUGAAAGGUUUUAAGCUAGUAAAAUUAUUUCCUAAGCGAUAGCUGUUACCUCGUACCUCCCUGGCUUCCUUUUUUCAAUCUCCAUAAAAAACUGCUUUUUCUAAAUAAAGUUUUCUGGUUUGCUUGUA